AUGCGCCAUCUCCAUCUCGCCUUCUUCCUUCCCGCCAUCUUUCUGUUCUUCUCGUGUGUAAAUGGUGCCAUCGAAUCGGUACACGACGACAAAGAUGUCGUGCCACACGAAGAACAAGCCCUCGACGUCGACACAAUUUUCCGCGCUCUUGGAGUUCCAUAUUGCAUGCGAAAGUGCAUCGACCCGUUCAUCAAUUCUACGACGUCUCUGUGGAACAUGAAGAAUGUUGUACAUCAAGCUCGCAAAGUCUGUGGUCAUCAUGCACAGGCUAUCACUUGUCUGAAGAAAGAACAGUACUGUGAUCACAACAAGCUCUUCGCAAAAGCCAGCAGCAGUGUUGAAUAUAUGUGUGCCACAAAGCACGUUCUGUUUGAGCGAAUGGAGUCGUGUCUCAACCCUGUCGUUGAUGAUAUCAUGUCAGGCUGCGACAAAGAAUGCUAUGCUCGUUCAAACCUAACUGCUUUCGCUCAAGAUUCUAACAUUAAAUUCGCUGCUACAGUUGGAGGUAAUGUAUUUAUUGUUGCUGAUCAUCUUGGAGAACUUUGUAACUCUCUGCAAUGUACUCUCCCAUGUGUCACCAAGCGACUCAACAGCAAGUGUGCCUUGAGUGGAUGGCUUAGUCUGGACAUGCUUAUGCAACCAUUCGAUGCCGUUUCUGUAAUGGUUGAUCAAUUGUCACCAGCAUUGAGGGAUGUCAUCAGUAAGAAAAUCGAUAAAAGAUGCCGUUUUGCAAUUAACCCAACUCGUCUCAACCGCAUUCGCAACGGCGAUUUCAAGGCUUUUAACAUGGAUAACAUUUGAUCGCAUCUCAUUUCAUGAUUCCAGUACUCACUAAAACCCACGAAUUGUAAAUAAUCACCCGACACAAAUAUGUUGAUAUAUCGAAUAAAUAGUUGUAAACUGU